CCCGCGUGCGCGCCCCGCCCCCUCGGGCUGCGAUACGCCGAGAGCUCAACAUCCGAGGGACUUCGCCCCGGAGUGACCCGGCCCCGUGACCUCUCCCCUCCAUCCCGCGCUGCGGCCGCCCGCUGGGCCAAGCCGGCGUUGGGCGCCGCGUCCCCUCCGCUCCCCGGCGUCCCCCUCCGGCCCUCCGGCUUCUCGUCAUGGCGGCGCUCAGCAAGUCCAUCCCUCACAACUGCUACGAGAUCGGCCACACUUGGAACCCUUCCUGCCUGGUCUCCUUCCUGCAGAUCACUUGGGGCGCCCUGGAGGAGUCCCUGAAGAUCUACGCGCCUCUGUACUUGAUUGCUGCAAUUCUCCGGAAACGAAAAUUUGACUAUUAUUUAUACAAACUACUCCCUGAGAUCCUGCAGUCUGCUUCAUUUCUGACUGCUAAUGGGGCCUUCUAUAUUACUUUCUUUUGCCUUUUAAGGAAGAUACUUGGAAAAUUUUACUCGUGGACUCCUGGCUUUGGUGCCGCUUUACCAGCAUCUUACAUGGCCAUUCUAAUUGAAAGGAAAAGCAGGAGAGGGCUGCUCACAAUUUAUAUGGCCAACUUGGCCACAGAAACACUAUUUAGAAUGGGUGUGGCGAGAGGAACCAUUACAACAUUAAGGAAUGGAGAGGUCCUUUUGUUCUGCAUCACAGCGGCUAUGUAUAUGUUCUUUUUCAGGUGCAAAGAUGGUUUGAAGGGAUUUACAUUUUCGGCACUUAGGUUCAUUGUAGGGAAGGAAGAAAUUCCCACGCAUUCUUAUUCUCCAGAGGCAGCAUAUGCAAAGGUGGAACACAGGAGGGAAGAGCAUGAAGAAAAACCGAGAAGAAUGAAUGUAAUCGCUCUGGUUAGGAAAUUCGUGGACUCAAUAUGCAAGCGUGGACCAAGGCAUAGAUGUUGCAAACACUACGAAGACAAUUGCUUCUCCUAUUGCAUUAAAGGUUUUAUCAGAAUGUUUAGCGUCGGGUAUUUGAUCCAGUGCUGCCUCAGAAUCCCCUCUGCGUUUAGGCAUCUGUUUACGCAGCCCUCCCGGCUACUUUCCCUGUUCUACAAUAAAGAAAACUUCCAGCUCGGAGCUUUUCUUGGCUCUUUUGUUAGUAUAUACAAGGGUACUAGUUGCUUCUUGCGCUGGAUCAGAAAUCUGGAUGAUGAACUACAUGCUAUUAUAGCUGGAUUUUUGGCAGGUAUAUCGAUGAUGUUUUAUAAAAGCACAACAAUUUCCAUGUAUUUAGCUUCCAAAUUGGUAGAGACAAUAUAUUUCAAAGGCAUUCAAGCGGGGAAGGUUCCCUAUUUUCCUCACGCAGAUACUAUCAUUUACUCCAUCUCUACAGCAGUUUGUUUCCAUGCAGCUGUAAUGGAAGUUCAGAACUUGCGACCAUCUUACUGGAAGUUCCUUUUAAGGCUCACCAAGGGAAGAUUUGCUGUAAUGAAUCGAAAAGCCCUUGAUGUUUUUGGUACUGGUGCAUCUAAGCAUUUUCAGGAUUUCACCCCCAGACUGGAUCCAAGAUACACAGUUGAAACACCAGAGUUACCAAUAGAGUUUUCUUGAAGAUGACUAUAAUUUAUUAAUGUGACUUCAUGUCUCAUUUAAUGCUGAAGAGUUGAUUGUUUAACACAAAGAAGAGGGCCCAAGCUCAAACUUCAGUGUUAUUUCAUUGAGAGAUUUUGUUGUUGUUGUUUUAUUAUCAAUCAGAAAUACAGAAGCUUUUUAGAAAGGUGUUGCUUAAUAAUUAAGCUUCCUCUAUAGCCAGAAUCUAAUUCUGAAUCACAAUAGUGGGUGCCAUUAUGAUAUAUUAUUGAUUAAAUUAUGUCCACAAAGAAUAUUGAGUCAUCUAUGUAGAAUACACUUAAAAUUACUUUAAGAGAUACCUUUGUUUCAUUCCAAUGUAAUUCCUGGUUAAAACUAAGAAUGUUUCUACAUGUUCAGAUUUACAAAGGAUCACGGGUACAUGGAUUUGGUCUGUUAUUUUUUAAAAUUUGAUUUGAUAUAUGUAGAGGUGGAAUGUUAGAUUUGAAGGAAUCUUCACAGAUAGUGCCGCUUUAGUGUAGAGCAGUGUAAUUGGACAAAGCAGCUGUUUGUAUUUCAGGGAUGUAAAAGUGGGUCUCACCCGAAUGGUAAAUGCUGUGGUAUCUGUGCUCUUCAUGUCAGCCGAUAACACCGUCUCUCCCUGAGCAGGUGAGCUGUUCGGAGCCCAGUGAGCCUGCAUUUAAUGGGUUAGGAACAAAUAGAAAUCCACGUCUGCUAUAGUUGAAAUGUGUGUUUUAAUCUUUUAUGAUAGGAUUACACUUGAAUAUUUAAAAACAAAUCUUUUAAACCUAUAGAAAUAUUAUAUAUAUAUAUAUAUUUUUCAUUUAUAGAGACUGAAUUCUUUAUUGUUCAGUUUGUAUGCUAUUGUUUUUUUUGGAAGAGAUCAAAGUCCUAUAGAUCAAAAGAAGUUUUGACAAGUUUAGCAGUUUGUACCUUCUCACCUGUUUCUCCUAAAUAAUGGAUAUUUUACAACUAAAAACAGUAUUCACAUACAGUGGUUAUUAGAAAGUCCAUUUUAUUAUUAAUUGGAUUCAUGUUCUCCAGCUUACUUUUCAGAAAUCACUCUCAUUCUUUUUACUCUGGAUUAAAGAAGUAACAAAUAUAGGCAAAGCUGAUUAUAAAAGUAAUUCAGGACAGCUGAUUGAAAUAUGAUCACUAUUUCGAGCUUUUCAGGGAAAGGUUAUAUGUCUCUAAAUGAGAAGCUUAAAUGGUUGUGAUGUCUACAGUUAAUGUAACAUAUAGGAAUGGUGAUUUUUUUAAAAUACAGUUUUGUCGCUAAAAGUUUUUAGGCCGCUAUAAAUUAUUCAGUAGAAUGUGUGUUGCAGCAGGAAUUAUAACCGAGGUGUUAUAAGUGCUUAAUUCCGUAUUUGACUUUAUCACGCAUUGUAUACUUUGGUUUAUAUGUAAUCUGACCCUUGGUUGCUAUAGCAAAUUGAAACCCAACAAAAAGACAAACUCUAGUACACAGCAACAGAGAGCUGCUUUUUGUCAAAAUUUCAAUUGUGAUUGACUUUUUAGAGUGGACUUGUCUCUGUGGCAAUACUGUUAAAAGAUCAUUUUGGUUUCAGACUUCAACUUUGAUUAGUCAAUAUAAUUUUAAGUUUUUAUUCACUGGAAUCAAAAUGAUUGGUACUGUUUACUUUUAAAAAUGAAGUAUUAAAGCACUGAAAAAGCACAGCUACCUGCACCUCAUUGUUUUCUGUGCAGAAUUUGUGUUUAUAAUAUUUUUCCUCUUAGGUUAAAAACACAUUUUAAUCUGUAAGUUACUAUUUUCAUUGACAUUAAAGACUGUGAUAUUGAAAGACAAAUUCUGUUGCAGUUUGCAGAGAUUGCAUAGUAAAAAUCUGGUCAAACAGUUGCAUACUAUGAGUUUUUUUUUUAACAAAUUGCACUUAUGUUUUUAUUUUACAUGAAAAUGUAAAAUAAAAUAACAUCAAUGAAGAGAAUGGUAGAGAAUGUGUAGCUUGAAUGGGCAGUUAGCUCGCUUGCAGUGGUGAAUCAAAUUCAGUUCGAUUUCACUGAGACAGACUCGAGGUACUUGUUCUAGCAAAUAAGAAAAAACUUUGUGUUCCUGAAACACAAAGUCGAUCUGUCUCCCUUUACUCAGGUAUUCAUUGACAGUUUCUUGGCCUCAUAAAUAAAGUCACAUGGAUGUCUCCCUCCCAAAACACAUCUUUAAGUUUAUUUAAAUUGUGAAGAAAUCAUGUCGGAUAAGUUUGCUCCAAAAAUGAUCACGAUAAAUAGUAAUCUGCCCCCUUAAUCUUCCCAGAAUCUCUGUGUGAACUGAAAACAGUGCAUUUGGAGCAACAGUACUGAGCUCAUUUUCUUGCUCGUUCCUGUAUUAAUAAAAUCCAAGAGCCAGUACCAACCGAGAUUGAGCUUGGAAAACAAUAAAUUAUCCAAAAUGUA